CAGACACAGAUAUCUUACACCGCCAAGCAUACGCCACUCCCCAUCCUCUGCAGGGCUACGCCACAAACCACCACCCGGCAGGUCUUUCUGGCCUGUUCGAGACAGGGCUCCAUCAUGCCAGCAGUGCCACGCCGGACGCCUCCGUCAUGAACCUCAUCUCAGCACUGGAGUCCCGGGCACCGCAACCAGGCCCUUCUGCCUCCUCCUUGCUCUCUCAGUUCCGCACCCCAUCCUGGCAAACAGCCAUGCACACUCCAGCGCCGGCCGAGCUCUUCAUCUCGGGGGCACUCCCUGGCUCCGGCACCUUCCCUUCCUCUUCAGCGCUCUCUGCCUACCAGCACCCGGCCUCUUUCAGUGGGCGUAGCUUUCCGGUCACUUCCUCCCUCACCUUGCAAGACGCUACCUUCAGCCCGACCUCCAAUGGCCUGUUGUCUCCGCAUGACCCCUUGCUCCACAUCAAGUCCUCCCAGCCCAGCGUCCCUUCCUCUCUCAGCUUCGACCGGCUGGGCAGCGCCGUGCUGGGGACAGGCUUGCCCUCCCAAAGCUCAGCUUACCGGAGUGCUCAAGAGUCGGCGUCCCGCCACCUCCCUUCCCAGUUCAACCUCCUCUCCUCCUCGCUGGGGCCGUCGGAUCAAACCUCGCAGCUUUACAACACCUCGGUCUUUUCCAGUUCCCCUGCGUCCUCCAUCGAGCGGGCCAUCCCUCGGCAGGACAGUGUGAUCAAACAUUACCAGAGACCCUCCAGCGCCCAACCCCAGCUGCCCGCCGCUCACUCCCUCCAGCACUACCUGAGCUGUGGGGGCAGCUACCAGCAGAUGCCCCAUCGUUCCAGUCUUUCAUGCAGCCCCUUGGGGGAACAGUCCCCUGCCAGCAGCGAAGGCUCCCAGCAGCAGAAGACGCCCCAGGCCACGCGACAAGAGCCCUCCCAAAGUUACCGUCCCAUCAUUCAGUCCCCCGGGUAUUCUGGCACGGCCUCCUCCUCCAAAUCCAAGAGCUACUCGGCCUCCCGCCAGCCGCCCCGCUCCACAGCCACGCCCAAGUGCCAAAGCAACUACAGUUCGUCCACCCCCAAGCCCAGCUCGGUCAUUGCCAGCCAGUCCCAGGCCUACUCCCCCGGGCAGCCCCAGAGCCUGCUCUCCAUGAGCCAAGCGCAGAGUUACUCAGUCAGCCAGCCGCAGAAUCUCUCUUCAGUCAGCCAGGCCUCACAGGGCUUCAGCAGCAACCAGGCCCAAGACCUCACGAGCGUGAGCAAAGCGCAGAGUUACUCCACCAGCGGGCAGUCGCAACAGGGACAGGCUGGGCAGGGUGGGCAAGGGCUCCAGACCUGUCAGAAUCAGACUUACUCGCCUGAGCAGCUGCAAGGCUUGUCCUCCGUUGGGUACAGCGUUCAAACAGAGCCCCACGUUUCGGUCAGCCAGACGCCAAGUUACGUACCAGCUCACUCCCAGGGGAUGCCCACGGCCAGUCCAUCUCUGAGUUACAGCACCGGCCACUCGCCAGCCAUGCCAGGCCACAGCCAGUCUAUCGGCUAUUCGCAUAGCCAGAACCUUCCGGAUUCAAGCCCUUCGCAGAUCAUUCGGCCUCUCCAGUCUCCCACCACCAACCGGCCCCAGAGCGUGGCCUCGCCCGGGCAGUCUCAGAAGUAUCUUACUUCCGUGCUGUCUCCUUCCUUCAUGCAGUCAGCCCAUACGCAGAGCUACCAGAGUUCCCAAGGAGGAUUGGAGAGGGCAGCGUCGUAUGGCAAAGCCAAGGCCGACUCGGACCUGCUGUCUUCCGAGCGGACGGAGGACGAGGAGUUCUUGAUCCAGCACCUGCUGCAAUCACAGAGCCCGCCCCGGGUGCCCACGGAAGGGAUGGUGGAGUGUGAAGAGAGGGCUGGCAAAGGGAUGGGGUAUGAGCUGAGCAAGACGGAGGAGCGCUACCACUUGCAGAGCGUCAUCCGGACCAACUCCAACCUAGAUAAUCAAGGCCUUGAGAUGUCUCUGCAGAGCCUAAAGGAUAAGAAGAAAGGGGAGAGGGCCAAGGAGUACCCGCACACCCGCUCGACCCCGGAGUCCCUGGCCACCUCCGUAGUCCAUUACAGCCAUCAAGCGGGCUCCAUGGACUCGUAUGGGCAAGAGAUCAAGAAGUCAGUGGAGCAGCAUCUUCAGGGAGGCCACAUGGACGCAGGUGGCAAGGAGAUCUCCCAGGCCCACUCCUACUUGCAGAAGACCCCGGAGCAUGCCCCCCAGCCCCACCCUAUGGAGCCCCACGGACUGAUGCCUGGGCAGCAGGGGGCUACGCUGAUGUUGGACUCCCCUCCGGACCUGCCCCCUCUCUCCCUUUCUCAGCAACAGCAGCAACAGCAGCAGUCACAGCUGCUCCAGUCGGUGCUCACCCACACCCAGAGCCAGCUACACUCUCGAGGGAAGGUCCGCACCCCUCUGGAUGUCCACCUGAUGGAGCCGCAGCGCCUGCAUCAGGCUGAAGCCCCCUCGCCCCAGCUUCAGAUGCAGGCGUUGGAGGCCCACCUGCACCAGGCUCACGUGCGCUCCCAGAGUAUGGAAGCCCAGCUCCUCGAACCCCAGCAGUCCCCUCAGCUCCAGGGCCAGCUUCAGCCGGAAAGGAUGCAGACGGAGGGCAUGGAAGUGAUGCCCCAGGGCAACCUUUCUCAGUCUCAAGAGAUCCAGGACUUCUUGGAGCCGGAGCUGAGCCUGGAGUCUCACCUGGGGCAAAGUGGGGCAGUGCAGAGUCAGCAGCAUCUCCUUCCUGAUGCCAGUUUGGACCCCGAUUCCUCUCAGCAAGUCCCUCAGGGCCAACUGGAGGGCAAGGACCAGUUUGAGAGCCCCAGCCCACAAGGGGCCAAGCAGCGUUUCGUUCCCCUUACCUCCAUCUGCUUCCCAGAUUCCCUGUUACAGGACGAAGACCGGAGCUUCUUCCCAGGCAUGGAGGACAUGUUUGGACCUCCUCCUUGCGCUGGGGACGAGUUCCCCAAGCCAGACGACGGCACUCAAGGCAUGGAGAGGGGAGAGGGGCUGAAAGAGGGAGGCUAUGACAUGAUGCCAGGAGGACAAGGGUACCAGAGCUAUUGUCCCUCUGAAAGUGGGGACGGGCAGCACUUGGGGUUAGAUUCUGUGUCAGUCAAGCAUGAGUUGCCUUCAACGGUCAACACAGAACAGUUGGGGCUGAUUCAGCCCGGCCAACAUGGGACGGCUCCUGUUUCGGAGUCCAAGUCGGGCCUGACGUCCCCGAUCUUUUGCUCCUCCAAGCCCAAGAAACUGCUGAAGACGUCCUCUUUCCAUUUGCUCAAGAAGCGAGAGCCCCCUUUCCAGCCGCCCAAGAAGAACUACGCCCAGGAGUAUGAGUUCGAAGACGAUGAGGACAAGGAGGACGUCCCGGCUGACAUCCGCCUUAACAGCCGCCGCCUGCCAGACCUGCUCCCGGACCUCAUUUCUAGCUGCCGCACCAACCGGACCAGCCUCAGCCCUAUGGGCGACAUAGACUUCUGCCCACCCAACAGCGGUCUCAUGGAAGGGCCCAAGCGUCGGGGCCGCAAGCCCACCAAGCCCAAGCGAGAGGGCCCUCCCCGCCCACGGGGGCGGCCCCGCAUCCGGCCCCUGACUGAACCGCCCCACGGUGUGGCUCAUGAUGGCACAAAGAAGCCCCGUGGCCGGGGGAGAGGGAGGGGCAAGAAAACGGGGGACGAGGGGGUUGAGCCAGGAACGGGCUUGGAGUCGCUCAAACCACUCAAGAUCAAACUGCCAGUCCCCAAAGGUUUGGAGGGGUCUCAGUUGGAGGUCCCUGCCCCAUCUCACCAGCCCACUCAAGAGAUCAGUUUAGAUAGCAGCCAGACCCGAGAGAAGAUCAAGCAGAAGAUCAAGGAGGUAGAGGAGAAGCAGCCUGAGAUGAAGUCGGGGUUCAUGGCCUCCUUCCUGGACUUCCUGAAAUCAGGCAAACGCCAGACGCUGCCCUCCUCCUCCUGCACCUCAGCAGCCACAGUUGGGGCCUCUGGCAUGGCUGCUCCGGGAGCCUCUUCUUCAGGCAGCCCCUCCAAGACGCCACGUCCUCCUUCGGCGACGUCCUCCUCCUCUUCAUCCCAGCCCCCACCUCCCUUUGGCGUGGCGUCUUCCAUGCUGCCUGGAGGUUUGGAUGGUCCAGAAGGGGAUCCGGCUGGACUUGUCAUGAGUUGCACCAGUCCUUGCAAGCGACUAGAUGAGGAGCUGAAGCGGAACCUGGAGACGCUGCCUUCAUUCUCAUCGGACGAGGAGGACUCUGUCAGCAAGAAUCAGGACCUCCAGAAGAGCAUCUCCUCAGCCAUCUCGGCACUCUAUGACCCCACGGACCGCAAGGAGGGAGAGCCCAGUGAUGUGCCACCAGUGGAAGAGAAAGCCCCCAGUCCAGCUCCUUCGGUGGAGGUCGAAACCCAGCAAGAGCUACCCCCACCACCCAUUUCCCCUGCUCCCUCACCCAAAGAAGCUCUACCUGUCCCAGAGGAGCCACCAGCCCAGGCAUCUCCGGAGCCCGAGGACCCUGAAGACACACGGCCCCUUCAUCUUGCCAAGAAGCAGGAGACGGCAGCCAUCUGUGGGGAGACGGAUGAGGAGGAGGUGGAGAGUGGUGGGGAGGGGAUCUUCCGAGAGCGCGAUGAGUUUGUGAUCCGUGUUGAGGACGUCCAAGCUCUCAAGCUUGCCCUUCAGACUGGGCGGGAGCCACCGCCAAUUUGGCGGGUACAGAAAGCUUUGCUUCAGAAGUUCACUCCUGAAAUCAAGGAUGGCCAGCGUCAGUUUUGCGCUACCAGCAAUUAUCUGGGCUACUUUGGCGAUGCUAAGAACCGGUACCAACGACUCUAUGUCAAAUUCUUGGAGAACAUCAACAAGAAAGAUUAUGUACGUGUCUGUUCGAAGAAGCCUUGGCACCGGCCCCUGCAAGCUGUAAGGAGGCAGAGUCAGCCCAAGGCUUGUGGUCCCAAGGCUCCAGUGGCACCAAAAGUGGAGAAACCUGAGAAGCCAGAAGUCCCAGAAAAGGCCGAGAAACCAGACAAGCCACCCAAGGCUGAAAAACCACCCAAGGCUGAAAAGACCGAGAAACCUGAAAAGCCCCCCAAGGCUGAGAAGGCACCUAAGCCAGAAAAGCCUGUCAAGGCUGAGAAGUCUGAAAAGCCCCCCAAGGCAGAGAAAGUGGGCAAGACAGAGAAGCCCCCCAAAGUAGAAAAGACAGACCCCCCUGUGCCCGUGCCCACAAAAGCUGUCCCAGCCGGUGGAGCCUCUAAACCCAAACCUAAGCCAGCCAAGGUGAAAGCUGAGCCACCUCCCAAGAAGAGGAAAAAAUGGCUUAAGGAGGCCGCCUCGUCCUCUGACUCAGAUUCCAGCCCUGACCAGCAGAGCGAGGAAGAACGUGUGCCGACAGGUCGUAUUCUCAAUACACGAGCCAUGAAGGAGAUGUACCGUAGUUAUGUGGAAAUGCUGGUCAGCACUGCCCUUGAUCCGGACAUGAUCCAAGCUCUUGAGGAUACAAAUGAUGAACUUUAUCUCCCGCCCAUGAGGAAGAUUGAUGGGAUAUUGAACGAUCACAAGAAAAAGGUGCUGAAGAGAGUGUCCCUUAGUCCGUCGCUACAGGAGGCACUCCACACAUUUCCCCAACUCCAUGCUGAGACAUGUGAUGCCACAGUCAAGUUGUGCCCAGGUGGUGAACCUUACAACCGCAAGACACUCAACAAACUCAAAAAGAAUGUAUCCAAACCGCAGGAAUUCAGUGUGGAAGUGGAGAAGUCCUUUUUCUACACUCUGUACCAUUCCCUUCACCACUACAAGUACCACACCUUUCUGCGUUGUAAGGAUGAGACGACGGCAAUCGAGGGUCAGGAUGAGGACUUGGGCCAGGAAGAGGUGGUGCAGCAAUGCAUGCGGAACCAGCCAUGGCUAGAGAAACUGUUUGACUCCUUCAGUGAGUUGCUGACUCAGGCGCAAAGCAAAUGCGCGUGAUGCAGCUGCUGCCAGAGCCACGCCCCAGGAGGGGCCAUCUAACGCCCGCCCCUCUGCAGAGCCAGAGCAGGAAGUGGGGAGAGGAAGGUCGAGAGGGGGUACCAUUACAGGCAACCGAGUUCAGACUCUGCUCACCACCACCACCACCACCCCUUCCCUUUUCGGGUUUUCUUUGAAACAAAACAAAACAAAACCAGGACCUGGGAGAGGCCUCUUAUUUUGGUGGUGGGAUGUGUGGAAUGUUUGUGAUGGCACAGAGAGAGAGAAAGAGAGAGAAAGAGAAACAAGUUGAGGAGGGUUCUCAUCAAAUGUCGGAUGGUUGGACAACCCCCUUUCCCUUUUGCCCUGGCUGUACAGAGAAAUAUUAUUUAUAUAUAAAUGUAUAAAUGUCUAAUUGAGCAACCUUGCCCCCUGCUCUGGUAGGGGGGUGAGAGUAGGAGAACCCAUAGGAAGGUCAGAGGAGUGGUGAUGUGUGAUUUAAAACUGGGAGGCUGGGAUCCAGGACUCCUGUGUAUCUCUGGGAUGAGUGGGGUGCGGGUGGGUGAAUUUGCAGCAACAAGAGUGGUCUAAACAGAAGGAUCCAGCUUUUCUGGGUUCUAUCCUGGAUCUCUUCCAUUACGAACCUUUACUUCUCCUUAGGGAGAGUUGUGAAUUGUGGGCGGGGGUUGGUGCAUGGACCACCCUUCUUACAGUGUCCCCGGCUCCUCUUAACCACAAUCUGAUCAGGCAGUAUGACCUCCCCCCCCCCGUCUU